AUGGCCGAAACGAUGGCUCUGGGCAUACCAACACCAACACCGAGCCCCAAUCAGCUACAGACCACAACACCGCUGGGGGUAAACGGCUUCGUGAUCGAUGAUGCGAAACGGGUCGAAAUCAUUACGGAUCGGGGCGAAGCAGCCCAUCGCAGCCGCCCCGGGUACGCCCACCGGCAAGACAUCAGGACUGACAAACUGGGGACAACAGACUCCAUCAACAUAACCAAUCUCGCGGAUCAGUUGUACGAAGACCGGGCUGUCUUCGGCCCCGGUCGCGAGAUCUGGUUUAUCCCUCGCGCAUCCUUCGACGCGAUUCUCACCCCUGAAGUGAUCGUGCAAGUUGUCAACCAGCUGGCGUGUUAUCAAAACAUGAACCCCGAUGAGCGAAUCCAGGUGGCCAGCGAUAUUUACUACGGAAAGGAUCCGAGCUCCGGAGUCCCUAGGCCGCCUUGCCGCAAGCUGUUGGCCACACUGAUCGGUGCCCGGGCCGACGGAACAAGCCUUGAGACAGUCGAGGAAAUCAAGACACAUAUGGACGAAGGAAUGAAUGACGACUGCCUCCCACUAUUUUUCGACGGUGACAAUCAGCUUAAAUGUCGACUCCAUGGUCAGAAUCACCCCUUCAUUAACCGCCCGAAACGUGGUAGAGGACAGUGGAAAGAGAGUUUCGUGCGCUGGUCCCGAGCCCUCACUGCGCCUUACGUCCUGUGGGACGAAGCCCCGGAGAGCCGGCACCGACAUUACGUGAUGCUCGACGGGGGGCCUCUUCCCAUGGCACCGGUCUGGGAGGAGUCAGUACCACACGUACACCACGGCGGCUUCGGCGAUGUCCUCAAGGUCAAAAUACAAAUUGGGGACCGGAACUUCCAAGGCCCUAGAGGCGAAGACAGCUUCUUUGCGCUGAAGAAGCUGAAAGAAAACGGCGACGCCGCGCGGGUAGAGUUCGACCUCGAGGUGCGCUCCCUCAUCUUUACCGAGAACCGGACCAACAACGUCCCCGGGCCGAACGAUACAGAAACGAAGAAGCACGUCAUCCAGCUUCUGGCCUCGUUUGAAGUCUACGACUCGAAUUUGAAGCACCCCACAUACUACCUCCUAUUUCCCUGGGCCGACGGGAACCUGGAGGAGUUCUGGAGGCGGCAUGAUAAGAAAUACUCCCCACGGGAUCAGGGGCAAAUUAGCUGGACGAUUGAUCAGUUCUACCAUCUGGCCAAGGCCCUCCAGUGCCUCCACAACGACCGACAAGUCAACUUGUCCCAAAGGACCGAUUCUAACCGGUAUGGUCGGCACGGGGACAUCAAGCCCGGCAACUUCCUCUUCUUCCGCGACAGCGAUGGCGUCGGGGUCAAUCUCGUGCUGGCCGACUUCGGCCUGGGCAGGCUUCACAGCAAGGCCAGCAAGUCCAAGCAGUCCCCCAACGUACCGAAGACGGCUACAUACGCAGCCCCCGAGUAUGACAUAGACGGAGGUCGCCUCUCGCCGCGGUCCGACAUCUUCAGCCUCGGCUGCGUGUUGUUGGAGCACAUGGUGUGGUUUUUCCACGGCCACAGCGCCGUGGAAGCCUUCACCGACGAACGAAUGGCCGUGGAUCACUACGGCUUCGAGUCUGAUACCUUCUGGAAAGCGUCGGACCCGGACGGAAAAUCCGCAGAGAUCAAGGACACGGUCAGCAAGCGGCUUGCGGCACUCAAGAAGCGCGACGACUGCGUGGAGGCUAUUGGUGAAAUACUGGAAGUGAUCGAGAAGAAAAUGCUCCAGGCUCGGCCGGCGGAUAGAUGCACCUCACUCAACCUUGUCCUGAACUGGACAAGAUCCGACGCCACUGGGCGCGCCGAGACUCGGACUACGCCUCCCGGGCGUUCCCUGUCAAGGAAGUCUACUUUGAACGUUCUUCAGCCCGACGGCAUCAUCUAUGCGGAACCGCCGAGCAGGUUGGACGGUGCCUCGGCGAGCCCCGAUUCACCCAGUGGUGAUCUACCUAAGCCGGCCGAGCCGGUGAUCGGCCCUUUGGUGAGAAGCAAGCCACUGGCUAGGGAGGAACCUCUGGAGAGGAGCGACCUUCCAGAGCUGAGCGAACCCUCGGAAAGGAGGGAGCUCCCAGAGAGCAGCAACCCUCCAAAGAAGAGCGAGUCCCUAGAGAGGAACGAUCCCCCAGAGAGGAGCGAGCCCCCGGAGAAAAGGGAGCCCCCAGAGAGCAGCGAGCCUCAAAAGAGGAACGAUCCCGCAAAGAGAAGCGACCUUGUCGAUCCGAGCAAGCCCCUAGAGAGAAACGAUCCCCAAGACAGGAGCGAGUCCCUAGAGAAAAGCGAGCCCCCAGAGAGGGGUAAGCUUCCAGAGAGCAGCGAGCCUCCAAACAGGAACGAGCCCCCGGGGCGGGGUGAGCUCCCAGAGAGCAGCGAGCUUCAAAAGAAGAACGAGCCCCCUGAGAGGAGCGACAUUCCGGAGAGUAGCGAGCCCCUAGACAAGAGCGAGCUCCCAGAUAGGACCGAGCCCCUAGAGAGUAGCAAGCCUCUGGCGAAUUCUCACCCCUCGACCGCCAGCGACGUGGGGCAGACCGCUCUCGCCCCGAAUGGGUUUAAUAGCCACCAGCCGAGACCUAGACGAAGACCCGAGAGACAAAGCCAUCCAGUUACCCGACCGCCGCGUCCGGAGGGGCCCAUGAAAUCGAGCGGGAGUCCGGGCGGCUUGUCCAAGUUGGGAAUGGUCAUUAAUAUGCACGGAAAAGAUGUGGCAGGCAGGGCGCUUAGGGGGCCGAAAGCUCGUUGCACCAAACAGCAAUGGUUCGAUGUCAGCAAAAGCGAUUCUGUUGGCCGGGUCGCACGGAACACACCAACCAAGCCACGACGGCCAGAGCCCGCAGGCUCAGUUUUGAUCCAGUACUUCGAGCAUGACUCGUCUGGGAGAACACUCGUCAAGGAUUCACAGCCGGCACCGAGGAAGGAAGGAGUAGUAAUAGAAUAG